GUUGUGACGGGGAGGGAGUCGCGGCAAGCCUGGCGCUAAGAAGCCGCCGGCGUGCACGACAGCGACAACCUCCCCGGAGGGGCGAUGGCGGCGGGGACCUCCCCCUGCUGCCGAAGCGGGCUGCAGCCUCUGCGGGCCACCGUCCCCUUCCAGCUGCAGCCGCGGCGAGGCGGAGAUGGGGGCCGGGCAGCCAGUGUUCCUUGUGCUGCUGGCACCACCGAAAAGGCCUGCCGGAACAGACCUCCCAGGGUGCGGCGCACUUCUUCCUUGGACACCAUCCUUGGGUUGUACCUCUUGGGUCAGUGGCCUCGGGAUGCUGAAGGAGCAGCCGUCUCGCACAUGAGUGACAAAUCAACCCAGACUCCUGUAUCCUGGCAUGAAGCAGAGGUGGGGAAGGCUGCGGCUCAUAAGCGUUCUGCCUCGUGGGGUAGCAUGGAUCAUCGCAGGGAGAUUGCUAAACUAAAACAGCAGCUUCAGAGAACAAAGCUCAGUGCCAGAAGCAGCAAAGAGAAAGAAUGGAGCUCCCCCAUUCAGGGAGAUCACAGUGUGAUCCCAUCAGUCAAGGUCUCCCCGCCUGCAUCCUUGCCAGUCCUGACCACCGUGUCGCUCAGCCCCUAUUUGCACAACAGCCUUGAUGGUCUCAAUCAGGAAUUGGAAGAGGCAUUUGUAAAGGAGCAAGGAGAUGAGGAACUUCUCAGAAUUCUGGAUGUCCCUGAUGGCCAUCGAGCCCCAGCCCCUCUCCAGAGAGGCAUUGGAGAUUCCUUGCUGCCACGACUGGAGCACAGUGGUAGCAGCUGCAGCAGUCUCUCUCCUUCUCCGUCCCCUUCCGCCGCUCUUGGACGGUCCCCGCACACUCCUGCUCGAGCAUCUGUGGAAGAGCUUUCCCCUGGUGCAUUGGAAAAGCCAGUGCUGGAGGCUAAGGGAAAAGAAAAUGGCAACAACUCUCCAGUCCUUGCCUUUGCCUUGUCUCCUCGUCCCAACCACACCUACGUGUUCAAGCGGGAACCUCCUGAGGGCUGCGAGAAAAUCCAUGCUUUUGAGGAAGUGGCGCCACUAAGCCCCGAUCAGACUUUCCUGCCCUCCUGUCCUGAUAAAAAUAAAGUCCACUUCAACCCAACUGGCUCUGCCUUUUGCCGGUUCAGCCUGGUGAAGCCUCUCAUUCCCAACGUAGACUUCCUGUUCAGAGACUUCUCUUCCUCUCCCAGCCCCAUGCUGCCGAGCACGUUCUCCUCUUGCCAGCCCACUUCCACAGUCCCAAUCCUCAGUUUGCAGAAAGACUCGAGAGGAGACAACUUCAGUGAGACCCCUAAAUCGCCUUCAUUGAACUUGGAGUCCUGGAAGCGGAACCAGGCUGAAGACACCGUCCUCUUCCACAGCUCCCUCGUUGUCUGAAGCUCAGUGGGUGGCGUAGAGCCAAAAUAAAUCCAUGGUCCCUCGACGCACUUUGGCCUGUGCAGAAGAGUGCCUUGGAACUGGGAAACUGAGCGAUCCCAGCGACAGCCUUAAAAGUGCAAAUCGCUACUGGACUCCUUGCACCCACAAUAGGUUUUUCCUUUUGACUCCUGGUACUUAAAGCACUUCCUUUCCUUAUGAGUUAGUGUCAAAUGCAUUCUGCUAUUGUGAUAGCCAAAGAACAUCUAGUCUUCUCUGAUGGAAGAAUGCAUAUUAGCCACCAGGUUCUCUCCCUCUCGAUAGCUUGCUGGUUGAAGCAAAAGUUUGUGUGGUGUUUUGUUUUUUGUGUUUUUUAAAUAAUCCUAAGAAUGUCACACAAGCAUCCCACAGGGUAGGGAGGAUGAAAUGGUUCACAUAUAGCCAGAGGAGCUGAUGUACACUGGCUUAGCAGAUGACUGCUAGGCAAAAUUUUAGCAGGCCAACCUGUGUUCCUCCUAAUGAAAUUAGUCCUGUAAAAUGCAGAGCACAAUACAAAGGAGUCCUAAUUGUGUUUGCAGGGGGUGCCAAGCCUACAGUAAUAAGCUAAAUGCUUGAAAGAAGCAUUUUUUUCUCCUAAUGAUCAUGCUAUAACAAGUAGUAGUUUAAUGAGCUGGCCUUCAGUGUUUGUGCCUUUUUGAGAAAGAGGUCUUUAGAUAGACUCUUCUCUUAUAAAGGAAGAACAAAGGGAAGUGUUUCUCUGCAAAGUUUCCAGGUGGGCCGCUGGAGAUAGGCCUUGCAAUAGCGUUCUGAAAAAGGAGAAAAGGCUCCAAUGUUGAAAGCUCUCUGGCAGAAUGCAGCUGUUAAUGGAAUCGCUGUGUGCUGUUGUUGUCUUCAUUGUAUAAUGAAUUGGCCAGUCCAGCUAGGUCUGACACUACUGCUCUUCUAGUCAAUGAAUCUGGGGAAUCUGCACAGCUUUAAUCCCACUUUUAACGCACAGAAUAACACUCCAAAGACCCCCAGUCCACUUCUUCCUACACCUUCUUUCAUCCCCACCCCACAAUUGAAAGGCCUUAAACCUUGUGAUGCCUUGAUUGUAAAGUGUAUUAGAAAUGAAAGUGUCUUGUUGCUAAGCCUCUGGAUUUCAUUGGAAAGGUUUUCUUAAACCUGAGACAGAAACUAUAUUUUCUUUGAGAGACAGUAUUUUUGCAGCUACUUUUGAAGUUUUGUAUAUUUUAAUGUAUGUAUUGCAAAAGCUUAAUGGAAAAAUGUUGGCCUUAAGAGGUUCAUUGCCAUGUCUUCAGUUGAGAGGUUUUUGCAGAUGUUGGUGUUUAAACCAAUUCAAAAAAAUAAAAUUUCAGGCACAA